AUGGGGCAGCUUUUGACUAACCUGCUAAGACAAUUACUAGGAGACAGCGAAACAGAUAACACGACUCUGAAGUAUCGAGUUAGUAGCCUGCGAAAACAGUUAAUCACUGCGAAGCAACAAAUGGUAGAAUACCAAACGGAAGUGUUUGACUUGCAGCGACAAUUGGAACGAAGCAGCACAGAUAAGGAAACUUCAAAGAAACAGUUAAGAGAGGAACGAGGACGAGUGAUCGACUUAGAAAGACAGUUAAGCACGACAAAGCAACAACUGUUCAUUGGAGCAACAAAUGAUGAAGGAAGCCAACUGUUUGUUACAGAGCUCAUGGAAUCAAGUUUACGAGCAUUGUUAGAGCAGCGACCUCUCUCAUGCACAGAUAUCUCUGUUAUCUCCCUGGAUAUAGCCCAAGCACUCACUUACUUGCACAGAAAUGAACCUCCCAUUAUUCAUCGCGACAUCAGUAGUGCUAAUGUGUUGCUAUGGCGACAUGGUGACCAAUGGAGAGGCAAAGUGUCUGACCAUGGAACUGCGAAUUUCAUGCCUCACACCAAGACAAUCGGCCCUGGAGCUACGAUUUAUAGUUCACCUGAAGCACUCACCCCUAAUCAAACAGUGAAGUUGAUAUGGGUUGGGUUGGGUGUGAUGAUGAAUGAAAUGACAGUUGUAGCUUGA